AUGUACGCGGUGGCACGUAUCCCAUUCCAGGCCACGGCCCGCGCUUCUCUGAGCGGUGGUGUUGCGACACUGCGUGCGCAGGCUGCGCGUGCUGCGCAGCUGCACACCAGUGCCGCAGCGCUGGAACUGCAAAAGUUUACCAUGCCCGCGAUGAGCCCGACGAUGCAGGACGGCGGUAUUGCGACGUGGCGCAAGAACGAGGGCGAGUCAUACCAUUCCGGCGAUGUCCUUCUUGAGAUUGAAACCGACAAGGCCACGAUGGAAGUCGAGGCACAGGAUGACGGUGUGCUGGCCAAGAUCAUUGCGCAAGCCGGCUCGAAGCACGUCCCGGUGAACUCGACCAUCGCAAUUGUCGGUGAGGAGGGCGAUGACCUCUCGGGUGCGGACGACCUCGCAAAGGAGGCCGAGCGCGAGUUUGCCUCCGCCAAGGCCAGCGAGAAGGAGGGCGAGCAGAAGAAGGAGCAGGAGAAGAAGGAGAAGACGGAGAAGACGGAGAAGAAGGACGACAAGGAGGACAAGCCCGCGCCGAAGCAGGACAAGAAGGAGAGCGCGCCGCAGGCCGACGACGGCCCGGUCAAGCGCGUGUUUGCCACGCCGAUCGCCCGCAAGAUUGCGCAGGAGCGCGGCAUUCCCCUGCUCAAGGUCAAGGGCAGCGGUCCCGAGGGCCGCAUCGUCAAGGAGGACGUGGAGAACUUUGCGCCCGAGGCGGUGGCCAGCGCCGCGGCCCCGGCGGCGGGUGUCUCGGCGUACACCGACACUCCCCUCUCCAACAUGCGCCGCACGAUCGCCUCGCGCCUGUCCGAGUCCAAGUCGACCGUGCCGCACUACUACGUCUCGAUCGACGUGGAGAUGGACCGCGCGCUGCAGCUGCGCGAGGUCUUUAACCGUGCGUCUGCCGAGGCGGCCAAGGGCGAUGCGGACAAGGCCAAGGCGGCGAAGCUGAGCGUGAACGACUUUAUCAUGAAGGCUGCUGCUGUCGCCCUGAAGCAGGUGCCUGCGGUGAACUCGGCAUGGCACGGCGAGUUUAUCCGCGAGCACCACGUCCAGGACAUUUCGAUGGCGGUCUCGACGCCGAACGGCCUCAUUACGCCGAUCGUGCGCAACGUCGGCUCGAUUGGUCUCUCGGAGAUCUCGAGCGAGAGCAAGUCGCUCGCCAAAAAGGCGCGCGACGGCAAGCUCAAGCCGGAGGAGUACCAGGGCGGCACCUUUACCAUCUCCAACAUGGGCAUGAUGGGUACGACCAACUUUACGGCGAUCAUCAACCCCCCGCAGAGCUGUAUCCUGGCCAUCGGCACGACCGAGGCGCGCAUCGUGCCGGACGACUCGGAGCGCGGCUGGCGCAAGGCGCAGAUCAUGCAGGCCACCAUCUCUGCCGACCACCGCGUGGCGGACGGCGCGACGUCGGCGCGGUGGAUGCAGGCGUUCAAGGCGGCGCUGGAGAAUCCCUUGUCCUUUAUGCUGUAG